UUCCUGUCCCGGGCGGCUGAUGAAACUGAAAGUGCUGCUCCUGCAGCUGGGGCUCUUUUUUUUAACCUUCAGUCCUGUGAACACUACGGGGGGGCUGAAUCCGGUAGGGGGGUGGAAAAUCCUGGGCCCCGGGUAAAGCAUGAACGGAAGAGUGGAUUAUCUGGUCACGGAAGAAGAGAUCAAUCUUUUCAGGGGACCCUCAGGGCUGGGCUUCAACAUCGUCGGAGGGACAGAUCAGCAAUAUGUGUCCAAUGACACUGGCAUCUACGUCAGCCGAAUCAAAGAGGAUGGGGCAGCGGCCCAGGACGGGCGGCUCCAGGAGGGUGAUAAGAUCCUCUCGGUGAAUGGUCAAGACCUGAAGAAUUUACUGCAUCAGGAUGCUGUGGACCUCUUCCGAAAUGCCGGUUAUGCUGUGUCACUCAAAGUGCAACAUAGGGUCCAAGUGCAGAAUGGGCCCUUGGGUCAUCGAGGGGAAGGGGAACCAAGUGGCAUCCCAGUUGCCAUGAUGCUGGUGCCAUUGUGUGCCGUCGCCAUGGCAGUGGCCUGGGCCAUCAUGAGAUAUCGGCAGCGGCUGUGAUAAAAGUUUGUUUCCCUCCAGUGCACCCUGAUGAAGAUCUCAAUUUCUCCCUCUCUCUGUCUACCCACCUAUCCACUUGUGUACAGAGCCACCACAUGAUUUAAAAAGAACGAAUGGACUGUUCUGUUCUGGACUGAUGUUGGGAGGGGCUUGUCCAACUACUGAGAAGUUUUCAUUGUUCUGAUGAGGGGUGGAGGGAAGUGGGAAAUCGGUUGGCAAGCUAAGGGAGAGUGUUGUGGGCGUGGGCAAGGUGCCUGUUUCACAGGGUAACUAGCGGCUCAGCCUCUGGCUUUGUCUCCUGCCCACCCAGCCCCCCGGGAUGAUACCUUUUCUCUGCCCUGGCCUGUUUCAAGGCCAGUUUGUGUGAGUCGAGAAAGAAGAGAUUUUUCUCUCUAUUGGUUAUACUUGGGAACUCUUUGUGGUCCUCACUUUCUUCCUAACUACAAACCUAGGUGCCUACAUUGAACAAAGGAGAAUGAGGGGGCCAUUUUUACCAAUGAAAAAUGUGAUAGUCAAUGCCUUAUGGAGAAUUAAAGAGAAAAAGCUACGUUGUGAUUUCUAGGUUUCUGAUGCUAGGGCUUGCACUUAAUUGAAGAUUUAAAUACAGUCCUACACAGUGAGAGACCACUAUGGAAGAAGCCUGGGCUGAGAGAGGGAGGAAACUGAAGGAACUAGCAAGAGAUGUCUGAGAAAAAAUAUUUUUUUCCCAUGAUAGCCAUGGAAGAAAGAGAUCUUCCUCCCUUACUCCUCCCCACUCCCAUUGAAAUAGGCACUUUACAAAAUCUUUGCAAAAAUAAAGUCCAAGAUCUUGCAUUUAAAAA